AUUUGGAAAGAAUGAAAAUUAGUGCUUCAUAAUGUAAAGUCAAAGCCUCAAAGGAACUAACCCGCAUUUCGAAGAACGAAAGAAGGAACAGAAAUGGCGACGGCAUCAUCAGGCAUCCAAAAGCUCCUGCAAGUUGGGACAAAGAUUGUCGCCGUUGGCCGUAACUACGCCGCUCACGCCAAAGAACUUGGCAACGCUGUUCCUAAGGAGCCGGUUUUGUUUCUCAAACCCACGUCGUCUUACUUGGAGAAUGGAGGGAAUAUCGAGAUUCCCCAUCCCUUGGAGUCGCUGGAUCAUGAAGUGGAGCUCGCCGUCGUGAUCAACAAGAAAGCUCGCGAUGUGCCCCAGACCAUCGCCAUGGAUUACGUUGGAGGUUAUGCUCUUGCCUUGGAUAUGACUGCUAGGGAAAUCCAAGCUUCUGCCAAGUCUGCAGGACUUCCAUGGUCUGUGGCUAAAGGGCAGGAUACAUUCACACCUAUUAGUUCUGUUCUUCCCAAGUCAGCUGUGCCUGACCCUGACAACUUGGAACUGUGGUUAAAGGUAGAUGGAGAUAUAAGACAGAAAGGUUCCACCAAAGAUAUGAUUUUUAAGAUUCCUUAUCUCAUUAGUCACAUAAGUUCAAUCAUGACACUCUUUGAAGGAGAUGUUAUAUUGACAGGCACUCCACAAGGUGUUGGCCCCGUGAAAGUAGGUCAAAAGAUAACUGCUGGGAUCACAGAUCUUAUUGAUGUUCACUUUAAUGUCGAAAACCGCAGAAGGCCAGGAAGUUAUUAAGCAAGGGGAUUUUUCUUUCAAUUUCUGACUUCAGUAUAAUGGCCUUGCUUUCCAGAGUCACCCAAGCUGUGAUACAUAAGCGAUGAACUAUGUAUUUUAUAAUGAAAUUGGAUUUCUAGCAUAGAAGCAUGGAGCUUGGUGUUGACAAACCUUUUGGAAUGAAGUAAUAAUGAUUUUAUGAACACA